UCCUGUACAGAUAACGCGUUCGCGAAACCAGCGUGGCGCCCAACAGAGGAGGAAGGCUACAACAUCUACGAGUUACGCGCAGCUUCACCACGUCUCUAGCAGGCUCGAAAGAUGCGCGUCCUGUUUGCCCUUCCCCGAAGUAAGCGCAACGACAUUGUUGAUUGCAACACGUUCUGCAGAUCUGUGCCUCUGGGAGCAUCGCCGACCGCCAAGCGAAGGCAUGUCCUCGAGCGCUCACGAUCCCGCUCAGCCGCCGGCCGACGUCGAUGACAUCGAGAAGCUGGCCAUGGCCAACCUGGAUCCCGUGGUGCGGACCUUUAUUCAGACCGGAUACGGUCGGGGCCUGACAGUACGCGAAAAUCGCGAGGCUUUCGACAGGUGGCGAUUCCUACCCAGAGUGCUCUCGGGCUCUUCGAAGAGGAACACCCAGACGACUCUGCUGAACAGGGUUGUGUCCUUGCCUGUCGGCAUCGCUCCGACGGCGGCCCACUGCAUCGUGCAUCCCGAUGCCGAGCUCGCCGUUGUGAGAGCGGCUCGUGAGGCAAAGACCGUGAUGGCUGUCAGCGUGGUGCACUCCGCUUCGCUGGAAGAGAUGGCAGCCGCCGCAGGCCCCGACGCCGUUCUCUGGGCGCAGCUGGAUAUCCGCAAGGACCGCUCCAUAACGCUGGAGGAAGCCCUGCGCGCACAGCGCUGCGGCUUCGCAGCGCUUGUCGUGACGCUAGACGCCCCCCUUGUCGGACGCAAGGCCGCACCCGGGGUCACCGACCCAGUGGCAGAAGCCUUCGGAGAGACCUUCUUGCGUCUUCGAGGUGGCACGCCCGGCCAUGAGUGGGACCCGUGCCAGAGCUGGGAUGACAUCGACUGGCUGCGCAAGAAUGUGGACCUACCUCUAGUCAUCAAGGGCAUCCUCAGAGCCGAUGACGCUGUGAAAGCUGUGGAUCACGGUGCUUCCGCAAUCGUCGUGUCCAACCACGGUGGUCUUUACAUGGACGGCGUUCCUGCUACGCUGGAGGUGCUGCCGGAGUUGGUGCGUGCCGUGAGUGGGCGCUGUGAAGUCUAUAUGGACGGCGGCAUCCGGUGUGGCGGCGAUGUGGUCAAAGCGUUGUCCCUAGGAGCCAGAGCAGUGUUCAUCGGCCGGCCAAUCUUCUAUGGUCUGGGAUACAAGGGUCAGCAGGGAGUCACCGAAGUACUCGAGUGCAUCCGCCGGGAGCUGGACAACUGCCUUGCACUAAUAGGUUGUUCCGACGUGGAAAAGCUACACCCUGGCUUCCUGAGGCGCAGCGCCGUUUCCUUCCACGAGCAGACCAGCUCUACGCCACACGACUUGGCCACACGUUUCUCUUCAUGAAAAACAGAAAUAUUGUGAAGAAUUUAUGUGCGGUUUUAGGUACGCAGAUUCAUGAUUGUGUAUAGUACAAAGAAGCUGCACGCCUGCAAGGCCGACUGUAACAGAACGUGUGACCCCGUAAAGAGCCUAAUUCCAGAUAGUGCAGAUAUAGAAAACCUUCCGUGUAAUAUUUUUCGUUUGAAAUACGAGUAGAUGCGUCGCGGAAAGCUAGCAAAAUAGCCGUUUUUGACAAUGAAACUGACACAAAACACAGACAUUGCAACUCGCCGUAAGUAACGCAUGACACAGAACACGCGGCUUCUAAGCAUGUUCUCGGAGGUUUCCGAGAUUAUCCGGCUCCCGUGGUUGCCCGCGGCGCGCUGAAAUUCUCGGAGACGACGUGCUGGGAUUUACGUCAUAUGUGCUCACCACUAGGUUCAUGCGUCGUCUGUUGUGCUAUUUAAAAUAUUCUAAUAAGUGAUUCAGCAGAGCCAACGAGUUGGAAUCAAUAUACAGCUAAGCUUUCUGUGAGUCCACAAAGAGUCGAAACAUUAGUACACGCACGCACCCCCCCCCCCCUACCCCCACCUCUCUGCACACGUACACAAGCUCGAGCGCACACAAAUUAUACUGAGCCUUUCGUUAAGCGGAGUUACUGACUACUAUAGCUAGUAUGGAGGACACCUUGAACGCAUCAUGGUUACAGAGGCAGCAUGCACAUACGUGCGUAACGAAAUUCGAGUCCAUUCUAUCCGCCAGAAGAGUUUAGUUGCUCAUUACCGUGCAACCGCGUAUGCGCGAAGGAGAACUUCUUCGUUCUUUUUUUUUCUUUCCUCCUCACGGCUGGCGCUACCCCUGCCGCGGAUGCGCUGAGGCGACCACCAUGUAGUCGUGGUGCAAGGAACGCAGCGGCGCGCGCAGCAUACGUACUCCACUGUGACUGGUUGGCCUAUGCGACAAGAGAACAGCCAGGCCCACGGUUACGAAAACCGGCGAGUUGCGCAAUGAAAGCGUCGCUUUCAAGAAUUAGAGGAUUAGAAAUUAGAAAGAGGAUUAGAUUAGGAAUUAGAGGAUCUAGAAAAUAUUUCUUCAGUUUUUUACAUUACUAAUUUAUAACCAAUUUAGGCAAAAUGAAGCUUCGGCGCAGUUGGCCUUUAGUUUUCAUGCUGGUGUUAUACGUACUUUUCAGCGGGGUGCCCACAACACCAGUGUAUUGGGUCGAAAUAAAACACGAAUGGAAUAGAUAA